AAGAAAAUAUCACCGAACAACCGGCUCCGGUAAUUGUCUUGCGGCAAGAUAGCAGCUGUGAGCUGUCUUGUAAGACAAUUAUGCCGUUGUUGUUGUGCCGUGUAUAUUGCGUAAAGAACGGUGUAAACAGCGGUGGACGCGUAUAUAAAAAUAUAGCCGGAUAAAUCCGGGCGCGCCUUGUUCAGUUUGGCAUACAACGGAUAACAAUCUUAUCGGAUUCUGCGGCUGCUUGAUCAGCGCCACAUCACUGGUUCAGUGUUGUGGUUUUCCUGCAUCAUUCUUUCAGUUUUUUCUUAAAUCAUCUGCGCCAUGGAUUAAAUGGAAUUUAAUUGUAAUCUUAUUUGAUUGCAUUGGAAUAAUUUAUUUUUCGCAACGCUCGUCACCCGGUGUAAUUAAUCUGUGAUAUAGAGUGUGCAUUUUACUGGGAUUCACGAUGCAGUGUAAAGUGAAUACGAAGCUGGUUCCCUUGAAGGGACUGAUGUUCCUCGUCCAUGGAGGAAUAUCGGCGCUGCUACCUUUUAUGGCCGUCCACAUGCGAAGUUUAGGUAUUACCGUACCGCAGACGGCCAUCAUCCUAGCCGUGCUACCUUUCGUCAGCGCCGUCGGACCGCCACUAGGCGGGUUAAUUGCCGACAAAAUCGGCAACUACCGGCUGGUCUUCAUCGUGGCCACCGUGCUCAGCGUGACACUCCACUUACUGCUGUACUUCGUAACGCCGGCCUACCAACCGCCCCUGGAGCUCAGUCCCAACGAGACGUUCCCGGUGGCGGAUCUCAGCUUCCGCUGUCAUGCCAACGGCUCCUUCGGCUACGACGUCUCAUCAUUAUUGGGAUGCCCGCAGAAGAAUAAAACAGCGGUGGAUGAUUUUCUGGCGGCGAUGGAUGUGCAGCAUCUGCGCCUAGGGGACUGUUACGCCGACUGUGCCGAGACCAACCAGCUGGCGCCGCCCCAGCUGGACCCGGCGGUGUGUCAUGGAGACAAGAACGAUUCGGCCCAUUUCUGUUCGGAGCAGCUGAAGUCUCGCUGCAAAGACAUCAAAUCCAACUGCUCCUUUAACUGCGCCAUAGGACAAGACUUUCAGGCUCAGCGAUUGAAGUGUCCAGUUCCGCGACCAAAGGUCAUCGGCAAAGCUACCAAUGACACCGGUAGCCAGGCCGCGACGCUGGGCUUUUACUGCCUGUUCCGUCUGACAUCAACCACAAUUAUGUGGAUGGCGGUGCCUUUACUGGAUUCCUUGGCCAUCGCACUCUGUCAAGACCACAAAGCGGAUCUGGGCUUCCAGAAGAUGUUUUCUAUGAUCGGUUUCUCCUUGCUGCCGCCCCUGUCUGGUAUUCUAAUUGCAAAAGCCGAAGAACUCAACGGGUUCGAAGAUUACGGCCCGGCGUUCUACGUGUUCUCCGCCAUGCACAUUCUGGCCGCCAUUGUGGUCAUCUUCCUGCGGAUGCAGCUGCGUAUGCCGGCGCAGAGUCUGAUGAAAAAUAUUCUGGUGGUGAUGGCUGACCGGCGUGUUAUCAGUAUGACCGUUAUUGUCUUCUUCUGUGGAUGCGGAUUUGGAUUUAUUACCAGUUUCCUGUUCUGGUACAUGCUGGAGGACCUGCACUCGUCCAAAGUCCUGCUGGGUCUCAGUCAGACCGUUUGCGGGCUCUUUGGCAUCCCGGCCAUGGGGCUGGCCAGUAAGCUGAUCCAGCGCUUCGGCCACACGAAACUCUUCAUUGCCGGGGUGGUGGCGUACGCCAUACGCUUUCUCGGCUUAUCUUUCGUCCCGGUCGGGCAAGCGUACUGGGUGUUACCCUUACAGAUCUUUGAAGGCGUCUCGCAUUCUCUGGUUGUCGUCACCGCCGCCAGCUAUGCUGCCAAACUGUCACCGACCUUCGUGGCGUCGCUGCAAGGCAUCGUGUUUGCCUCCCAUUACUGUUUUGGUAAAGGCUUUGGAGCGCUGAUUAGCGGUUUCCUUAUGAACGCUUACGGUUCGCGAGCGACAUUCCAGAUUUUUGCCGUGUUCUAUAUUUGCUUAGCCUUCCUCUUUUAUCCUCUGAACUUUCUCCUGGUGACAAAACCCCGUCGCAAUGCCAAGCGGAAGGCGAUUGAAAAGGGAUACGACCAGGAUAAUUCCAUGGUCACCGGUGAAACACCUUCCAAGAUCGGCGGUAAUUAUCCGAUCUACACGGGUCCGUCGAUGAAGGACGAGAUGGCCAAAAUGCCGUUCAUGGACGAAUUCCCCGACGACGGCAUCUACGACCGUACGGAGCCGGACCGCCAGCCGUUGCCGGUGGUGCCGCUGCUAUCCGGCGAGGAAGCGCUCUAUCCCGACGGGGGCCUGCGGCAAUCACCGCCGCCGUAUGGUGAGGAAGGAGCGGCGGUUCAUCAGCGCCCCAACGCUCCGUAUCUGGACGAAGAACCGGUGCUGCAUCAUCGUCCCAACGGAACGGUGCCCACGUCCGAACAAGAGUAAUGUAAUGUAAUCGUUUGAAUAACUUUUUCAUUGUUCUUGGUGUUCAUGGCAACUUGCUGGCUGUUGCAGUUUACCGGUUUUUGCACUCUGAGUUUUAUCUAUAUUGAUAGGAAAAAUAAAAUGUUUAAGUCGGAAAUUUUACUUCCUUAUUUUUAGCCUUCAGACAUGGCACAGAUUGAUGAAAUUAAAAUGGGCAUAUUGCAUAGACAAA